UGACAAUAGAACACUUCUAAAGAACAAAAGUAAAAAAAUAAUAUGUACGUGCGAAAAUAGGUUUUCCGAUAAAAGAUCAUCAUAGACCCAUGAAUUACUAAGCCGAAAUUAGUAAAUACUUUGUAAUCCUAUUGUAAUUGAGACGUGUAAUUGGUUGAUAGCGGCCGGUAUAUUGAAAUCAACGACAAUGUUGAUAGCAAAGCAAAUAAAACAUAUUUUAUAUUGCGUGGCGUUGUUGGAAAUAUGGGGGAGUGUGUUGUGUGUCUCAGAUCCAGGAAUCACUAAAUUCACCUUAGAGCCUAAUACUCCACCAGAGAGGGAAAUGAGGCCUUUGUUAGCCGACACUAAAAUAUAUGCCAAAAUGGAAUGUAUAAGUCUCUCUCAGUUUGAUAUAACAAUAACGGUUUCCCUGAUGGAACGCCAGUGCUGGUUCGAUGCCCCUAACAUUCAAAAAGCAUUUGAUGCUAUGGAAAAUCAGCAAAGGAAUCAAAAUCAAAGUAACCUAGUGGCUCGUAAACAUCAUAUAGAAGGAACAUGUCCUCACCAUUUGAUUAUAUUGGAAAUACCUAAUGAGACGGAGAGUGCCGUGGCCAAUGCAUUAAUUGCAGAUUCAGCGGUAACAACAAAAUCGGUAGAUUCCCCAAAGUUAAUUGCAAAAUCUCCAGCAGACACAAUGAAAAAUGCCAAACACCCAUUGUCGCCAACAAAUAAACCAUUAUACACUGUAUCUCAUGAUGGUAUCUAUGAGUUAACAAUUACUCUUGAGGCAAAGUCAUCGGAAAGCGUGGAAUUUACUGCUCCUGUUACUAUUGAAAUGCUGGGACCGUAUGGUUAUAUUUCAGCCACAGAUUUUCCUUUUCUUCCGUUCUAUGGCAUCAUGUGUAUAGUUUAUGUAAUAUUUGGCAUUAUUUGGUUAGCAGUUUCCUUUACACAAUGGCGUGAUUUAUUGCGUAUACAAUUUUGGAUAGGCGGUGUUAUAUUUCUGGGCAUGCUGGAGAAAGCAUUUUUCUAUGCCGAAUAUCAUUCUGUAAAUACCAGCGGAGUUUCCGUUCCCGGAGCUGAAUUAACAGCUGAGUUUGUGUCUUGUGCUAAAAGGACUUUGGCCCGUAUGCUAGUGAUAAUUAUGAGCUUAGGAUUUGGAAUUGUAAAACCUCGUUUGGGCCCAUUGCUGCAUCGCGUUGUUGGAGUGGGUCUGUUGUACUUCCUAUUGGCUUGUGUGGAAAGUUAUUUACGUGUUAUGCGCAAUAAACCGGAUAUACAAAAUGAACUUCUGGUGGCCAGUAUCCCACUAGCAGUUUUAGAUACUGGCAUCUGUUGGUGGAUAUUUACCUCUUUGGUACAAACCACACGUACACUUCGUUUGCGAAGAAAUAUGGUUAAACUCUCUUUGUAUAGACAUUUUACCAAUACUCUGAUAUUCUCCGUUAUUGCAUCCGUCAUAUUUAUGCUAUAUGCCCUUCGUCUACGUAAGGCGGAAAACUGCACUCCAGGUUGGCGUAAUAUAUGGAUCGAUACGGCAUUUUGGCAUAUUUUGUUCUCAGUUUUAUUGUUAGUCAUAAUGGUUUUAUGGCGUCCCACAAAUAAUAACCAGCGUUAUGCAUUUACACCCUUACUCGAUAAUCCAGAGGAUGAAGAUGAUGAAGAAGAAGAUCAGUUCGUCGCCGAUGUAUAUGGCGUUAAGAUGCGAGGAACCAACAGUAAUGGGGCAAAAACUCCACCUUCCAAAACGACAACCAAUGAAGAAGACGAUCUUCGUUGGGUGGAAGAGAAUAUACCCGAAUCUAUGGCCGAUGUGACGCUGCCUGCUCUGGAUUCCGACGAAGAAAUCAUCAAUACGAAAUUUGAAGUCUCGAAAAUGCAAUAAACGGGCAAGAGAAGCUGACUCGUACAGUGACAGAGAUACAUACUAUAAGUUAUGAAUACACAAUAAAAAGCACCUUAUUUAUUUUUGUUACAGAGAAUAAUUAUGACUGUUUUUGCUACUAUAGCAAUUUUUUUAGUUGUAUUGCACUGCUAUGUAUUUUUUUUUUUAUUGUUUGAAUGAAACAAAAAUGUGUAAUACAUAUAUGUCGGAAGUAACAAACAAGUACUGUACUGUGCUUAUCAUCAUGUUGUACCAACAGAAUGGCUAACUUUUUUCAGGCCAAGUAUUGUUGUCAGUAUCACACAUCUAACAUAAUUACAUUUUCAUUAUAUUUUUUUUUUGUUUCCAAAUUUUGCCAACACAAUUAGUUUUAAAUUUCAACAUAAAUUGCUGGUCAAUCGAAAUACUUAACUCUAACACUCAAACAAUGCACUCUUUCAAUGAAAUAAUGAAUCGCUUAAGCAACUCAUGCCCACAUAAUUUUGCUUCGUUUUUCUUAACUGUUCCUAUUAGCAAGCAGACGAAACACAAAAACCGAAAGACAUGAAAAAUCAGAAAACGAAAAAAUCCAAUAUUUUGGGAUGAGAGAGAACCAACCAAGAAAACACUGAAUAUGUAAAAUAUUGUAAAACCUAUUUUAUGUAUCGUUAGACUUUAAAGAUUUUUUAUAUGCUUAUCCUUUAGUCCACCUCCUCCUCCCGAUUUCCUCACUCACUCUUCUUGCUCUUUUUCUAGUAACAUACACCACAAUAUCAAACAAAUAUUCUUAGGUUUAAUGUAUAUGUAGAUAUAAUUAUUACGCUUUCGUAUUAAUCAAAGUAAUUCAUUCUAUUAGUAUAUGCUUUGUAAAUAUUUAUUGAAGAAAGAAGUGAAAACAAAAAUUGUCAUAAGUUUAAUAAAUAUUUCAAAUAUCUCUUAGGUGUGUAAAAACGUAAUCAAAGCUGAGACUUUGUUUGCUCUCGUUUUAAUUCCUCCUGCUCCUUGAUUGGUCUUACAUAGUUUCCAUUAAAAAAGGAAAAAAUUACAAAUAUUUAUAGUAGAAGUUGUAAUAGUAUCCAAUAAAAAGAAGAGAAAUGCGAUGU